AUGGUGAGCCUCUGGCCUCGCCCUGAGGCCCUGGCCCGCUUCUGCCAGAAGCUCAGCCGGGUGAAGACCCUGGAGGACAACAUGAUGGAGACGCCCUUGCACCGGUGCCUGACCACAGUGGACCUGGCCCUGCUCGGCAUUGGCGGCAUGGUAGGCUCCGGCUUGUACGUGCUGACGGGCACCGUUGCCAAGGAGACUGCCGGGCCCGCCAUCGUCCUCUCCUUCAUCGUUGCCGGCGUGGCCUCGCUGCUGGCGGCCCUCUGCUAUGCCGAGUUCGGCGCCCACGUGCCCAAGACGGGCUCAGCGUACAUGUUCACCUACGUCUCCAUGGGCGAGAUCUGGGCCUUCCUGAUCGGGUGGAACGUCAUCCUGGAGUACAUGAUUGGCGGAGCGGCUGUGGCCCGAGCGUGGAGUGGCUACCUGGAUGCCAUCUUCGACCACAGGAUCAAGAACUUCACAGAGACCCACGUCGGGGCCUGGCACGUCCCAUUCCUGGCCCGUUACCCCGACUUCCUGGCGUCUGGCAUCCUGCUCGUCGCAACAGCCUUCAUCUCCUUCGGAGCACGCAUCUCCUCCUGGGUGAACCACGUCUUCUCUGCCAUUAGCAUGGGCGUCAUCCUCUUCAUUCUCGUGGUGGGGGCCACCCUGGCCAGGCCCCAAAACUGGGGUGCAGAAGAAGGGGGCUUUGCCCCAUACGGCAUCUCAGGGGUCAUGGCUGGCUCUGCCACCUGCUUCUACGCCUUCGUGGGCUUCGACGUGAUUGCCACGUGCAGUGAGGAGGCCCGGAACCCCCAGAGGGCCAUCCCCCGGGCCAUUGCCGUCGCGCUGAGCCUGGCCAUGGGCGCCUACAUCCUGGUGUCCGUGGUCCUCACACUGAUGGUGCCCUGGCACUCCCUGGACCCCGACUCUGCCCUAGCGGAUGCCUUUUAUCGGAGGGGCUACGCCUGGGCCGGCUUCAUCGUGGCCGCCGGCUCCAUUUGCGCCAUGAAUACGGUUCUGCUCAGCAACCUCUUCUCCCUGCCCCGGAUCGUGUACGCCAUGGCUGAGGACGGGCUCUUCUUCCAGGUCUUCUCCCGCGUGCACCCCCGCACGCAGGUCCCCAUGGUGGCCAUCGCCGUCUUCGGCAUCCUCAUGUCCGCCCUGGCCCUCAUCUUCGACCUGGAGGCCCUGGUCCAGUUCUUGUCCAUCGGCACGCUGCUGGCGUACACCUUCGUGGCCGCCAGCGUCAUCAUCCUGCGCUUCCAGCGGGCCAAGGGACGCCCCCCCGGCCCCCCUGGGGGAGGCGAGGCGGGCCCGGCCCCUGCCGAAGGCACUGGUGCCGCUGAGCCGAAGGAGUACGAGUCUUUCUCUGAUAAGCUGCAGCUGGUGAGCAAGGAGAAGGUCCAGCACCUGCGGGAGCCGGGGCAGCUGAAGGCGGCCUUCGAGCCCUACCUGAACUUCCUCGGCGAUUUCUACCCGGGGGAAGUGGUCACGGUGGCUGUGAUCGUCCUCAUGGUGUCCGCCCUCUGCCUGUCGUCCAUCUUGGUGUUCGGGAGGGACCAGCUCCACCUGCCCACCUGGAGCUACGCCCUGCUGGCCCUGCUCUUCAGCCUGGCCUUCGUGCUCAGCUUGCUGCUCAUCAGCGUUCAUGAGCAACAGCAAAGCACCGAGACCUUCCAGCUGCCGCUGGUGCCCCUGACUCCCGCCCUGAGCAUUUUCAUCAACAUCUACCUGAUGCUGAGGCUGCACUACAUGACGUGGCUGCGCUUCUCGGUCUGGCUGGCUGCAGGCUUGCUGGUCUACUUUGGCUAUGGCAUUUGGCACAGCAAGGAGAACAUGCGGGAGUCCCAGCCACAGACCAUCAGCGCCCGCUACGUGGUCUUCCCAAGCAGCAGCCUGGAAGAGACGGUCCAGACCGUGCAGCCCAGCCCACAGCCCUCACAGGGGCUGGAGGAGACAGGUGAAGAGCAGGCCAAGAGAUGAGUGGGCAGGCCAAGCCGGAGGAGUGCCUCCCCUUGUCCCCCCAGCCCACCUUUCUGCAGCAUUUGGGCAG